UUUGUGUUUGAUGAACAGCUGAGGAUUUAAGACACAAUGACAAAACUCGUCAGAGAAGGCUUAAAGACGUGUCUCCACAUGUCAAAUCACACUCCUUUUUUUAUUAUUUUCACAGUUUUCACAGACUGUAUGAAUCUUCUUCACCAACGUGGCACCAGCACCUCAGGCAAUUAGCACCAUCUGAACUGAUGCAGGGGGUGGAUCAUCAUCAAGUUCUUCAAAGGUCUCAUUACAGGAACACUUUUCCAGGUCGUGUCCAAAUCUUUCACCACGCUGACAGAGGUGGAGGCCGAGGAGGAGACGGUGCAGCGGGAAAGUCCCUCCCUGACACCAGCCUCUGCAUUGGCUGCUGCAGCAUCAGCUCCAGAUCCAGGAGAGCUCUCAGCCAAUCAAUGCAGAGGUAGAUGGAGACUGGGGAGAGGGUCCAGAAAUAGUCAGCCAGUCUGCACACACUCAUGCACACGCGCACAGACUCCCAGUGAAGCUGGAGUUUGCACCAACCAGUCCUGCAGCUUCUGACACUUCUAUCAUGGAGAAUAAAGUCACAGAUUUCUCCGGAAAAUGGAAAAUGAAGUCUUCGGAAAAUUUCGAGGAUCUUUUAAAAGCACUGGGUGUGAAUAUGUUCCUGAGAAAAAUGGCAGCCGUAGCGGCGUCCAGCCCGUCAGUAGAAAUCUCCCAGGAGGGAGAGACUCUGUCCAUCAAGACGACCACGAGCAUCCGCACCACCUACGUCUCCUUCACUGUAGGUCAGUCCUUUAAUGACGCCACGGUGGACGGACGUCCUUGCACGUGUUUUCCACGGUGGGAGAGCGACAGAAAGAUCAGCUGUGAACAGACUCUACAGAAAGGUGAAGGACCCAAGACGUCCUGGACACGGGAGCUGACCAAUGAUGGAGAACUGAUACUGACACUGACGGCUGGAGAUGUUGUCUGCACCAGAGUUUAUGAGCGGGAAUGAAGACACUUUUACCCAGAACAUCACUAGUAUCGCUGGUAUGAUUAACAUUUACGGCCUGUUAAUCUUCUGGUCACAUGCUGUCCGAGCGUGCUCAGAAGAAUCUACUCCUUAAUUCUCAUCAUUAUCUUUCAGUUUUAACAGCAGAGCAGAAUUCACUCUCACUCACAUAUCUUGUAAAAAUGCCUUUUUUAAAAACACAUUUUUCAGUUUUUGAACCAUUUUUCCUAUUGUUAAUAAACAGU